GUUUGUAUGCAACAAACCCGUACAGUUGGUUGAGUUUGUCAAUGUGUAUGGCUUGAAUGGUUGGGAAAGAGGGAGCGCGCACGAGGCAGAGUGAGAAAGAGGAAACGGUAGAGUGAGAUUGACCGGGAGAAAGAGGGAGAGAGUGAAUGUGAUAGGAAGAGGGACAGCGAGUGUGUGAAGUUUCAAAUGGCUGCGCGCAUUCAGUCACCAUUUUUGUUGUAUCAUGAGUGAAUGUUUGCGCGUAUUUGUUUGUGCUUGUAUUUCGCAUUCGCUCCAUCGUUGAACUGCCAUUCGUGCAUUGUUUUCAAAAAAAAAAAAAAGAAAAGUGAAGCACAAGCAACGAACGACCGACGAGCCAAACGUCGCUAGACCGAUUUUUUUGACGUACCGUCGACGAUACACAAAGUGUGUGAUGUUAAGUUGUGUUUUGAUGUGUUGCGAAUCGAAACGCACACAUGAAAUUUAGUUUGUUGUUUUUUUUUCUCUCCUCUUCUGUUGUCUCGUCUUCGUCAGAAAAUAAAAAUAAUAAUAGCCAAGAAUCUAUAUUGAAAACUCAAGCGAAUAUUUUGUUUCAUUUUACCGUUUGUGAUUAAAUUUGUUGAGAAUGUUGUGAUUGACUCAUUGCAUUUGAAGGGAAGCACACAAUUUUUUUUUUCGUUGCGUGUCCGUGAGAAAAAUAACACACACAAAAUCGCGCAAAUCGAAAAUAAAAAAAAGAAAAAAAACGAAAAGUGAAGAGAGUAGAAAAAAAUCGACUCUUUCAAAUACCAAUUUUGGCCUUUUUUCCCUUCAAUUUUCCGUUUCGCUGUUAUUCCACUUUAUAUCUCUGUAAUAAAGUAUAAAUAAUUUGCAUGCGAGCGAAUGGUGUUUUUCAACUUGCAUCGUCAUUUUUAACACAACGGACUGAGAGAGAGUGAGCAAGAGAGAAAGAUAGCUAUUGAAAAAUAUAAACCAAAACUUGUAUUCAAAUAAACAAUUGCACGGCGAAACGCGUGCCACAUUUUAAUGAUGGAAUCGAGUGUUUCGAUUGUCAGUUUACAUUAACAAAACAAAAAAUUGCACCGGAUUCUCAAUUUUAACAAGCUAGAACAACGAAGUGUGUUGUUCGAAGGGAUCGUUUACGGUGUUCGUUCACACACAUACGCACGCACUCAACCAACAUGAAUGGACCAACGAUUGAGCAAAACGAUGAUGAAGCCGAACGCGCUCAACGACGUCGAACAUUCGGCAAAUCAUCGACCAACACAACACAGACCAGCGACAACUUGGUGGAAGAACAACAAGGACUUCAGAAUUGUCUGAAAAUCUUUCAUGAUAAUAAAAUCUGUCAGAAGAAUGCAUGGACGCUCACAUUGAUCGAUAAUUUGGCCAAUUUGCUGGGCAGCCAUCACAAAACAUUGAAAAAUUUUCAAAUUGUUGGCAGCUCACUCGAAGCAACCACCAAAAUCUAUGGGCUAAGAGUCGAUUCCGUGCACUCGGACAUUGUCCGAAUGUCAUCCGGUUUGGGACGCAUGAAAAAUGAUUCGCCAUCAGCCAAUGAUGAUGUUGAUCAGGAGAUGAAUGAAACAGUGACCGAAGAGGGUGGCCAACAAAAAGCGCCGGUCAAAAAGAAACGUACAAGAAAACAAGUCAGCACGGUCACCACCAAUAAGAGUACGCUAAAUUCACGCCUUGAACUGGUCCAAAUGCCCGAUUCGUUGCAAUACAAAUUGAAUUCAAUCAUGGGCGAAACAUCGAGCUCAAAUAAAUUGCUAUUGGAUUUAUUGCAAACGAAAUUCUCCGAUCUAAAACUCACGAUGGACGAUCAAUUCUGGGAUAACAGCACAUACGAACCCAUUAAUUUUGACACCAAUGACAAUUAUGAUGAAAGCGAUAUCGAUUACACAGAACUGCCAAUCAAGCUAAAAAUUGACACCAGACACACACUGCGACAGGAGAUGAAAGGCUAUGUCAUUACGAACACACCAUGGCAAGACGAUGUGGAGGAAGAGCAGCCCCAGGCGGCGAGUGCAUCGUUCAAUAUGUCACAAUGUUUGGAGUAUGCAUUCGAUAUGGAUGCUGAAGUGGAACCGAUGCCGGCUACCGACGAUAACUACGCCAUGGAUGUCAUGGAUUUCGAUGCGGGCAAUGAUUUCGAUGAUUUGACGCAAGAUGAUCGGGCAGCGAUAACAGCGUGCAAAGGUUUGCGACGCAAAACCACCAUAAUCGAAGAUCUACGACCAUCCGAUACCACAAAGCUCGAGUACUCGUACCGGCCACUGGACAACAUCAAUCAAUUCUGGGCUGGUCCCUCAUACUGGAAAUUCCGUAAAUCACGCAAGCUAACCAUGAACCGAGAUUCACUGGCCACCUCAGAAGGUAGUUCCGUUGCACCAGCACCACAGAAACGCAAAGCCAAUCGUAAUAAAAUCGAACCGAUUCGAUUUACAACGCUCAUUGAAAGUGUUUGCGAAAAGGAUGGCGAUAGCGAUGACGAAGUGUUCACAUCAAUCGAUUCAAAGCACGCACAAAAAUUCAAAAAGACCAACGUCUAUAAACGAUGGGAUUCAAAGAAAUUGAAACUACCCACCGAUUUGCACAUCGAUCGCAAUUUGUUCAACUAUUACACAUAUUGUCCGAGCUUCUCAGUGGUGAAAAAGACCAGCGAAACACCAGCCGACAUCAUUGACGACGAUCACGAUGCCGACGAUGUGUUCGGUUUUGAUCAUGCCGACGAUGGCGCCUACUGUACAAAUGUGCAACCCGAUGACGAUGAAAUUGUUCGCGAUGACAAUGUGAUGAUGGAUCACAUGAAUGACGUACCUGAUGAUGUUGAAAUUCCAAAUGCGGAACAGAUUCCCGAUUCACAGAACAACCAAAGCGAACAUGAAAUCAGCCAGAACUACGAAGGAGCACCAGAAAUGGUUCAAAAGAUUGACAUUCAAUUUGCGCGUCGAGCGAAAGUCAUCGAUAUGAAGCAAAUGAAAUCGGUGUGCCUGAACACAAUAACAAAACAAUGUGAAAAGACAUCGAUGCGAACGUUUAGCCAUGUGAAUGCGCGAAACAAUGGUGAAAAAUAUAAAGAGGGUGCCGCAUCAUUUGGUAUCAUCUACAACAGUUUGCCACAUCUGUUGACAAAAACGAUGGCCGAAAAUCUAUCGCCAUCGGUGGCAUUCUAUUCAAUACUGCAUCUGGCCAAUGAGCAUCGCCUGCGUUUGUACAAAUCAACCAAGGAUAAUGAUAUGAACAUUUUCUUGAUUCGGCAAUUAGAAGUAGACGAAUGACGAUUAACGUUAUUGUGAAGACUUGUGUGCGCAACUCGCCACCACCACCACCCCCCCUCGCACUCUCAUCCAUUUUUUCCUUUCAUUUAACUUUUAUUUAAACACACACACAAAACACACACACAUACAUUUUUUUUUAAAAUCAUUUUAUCUCGGAUGUAAGGAGAGGUACGGAAAAUUGUAAAUGGAAAUUAAAAACAAUCGAAAAAGGAACAAAUAAACCAAAAUUAUUAUUGGUGAACGUAGUAAUUUAAAACGUGUUAGAAUGAACGACAAAAAAAAAAACCAAAACUGCAAAUAGGGAGAAAAGAAAGAAAAAAACAACAAACCUACAAUAGUGAUCAUACCGAAUCUAUGGAAAUUUACAAUUAAGCGUGGAAAUGAUAAGUAGGAAGAAGAAGAAACAAAUUGAAUAUGAUGAUACAUUCAUUGUGACCGAAAAAGAAUUUUUUUUCUCUUGUAAAUUAAUUUAAAUGUUAAUAAGUUGAAUAAAUGCAAAUUCUAUAA